GUUUCUGUGAUAGGUGUUCCAGAGUCACGAUUACAUGGUCCUGGCCUAAGCAACAUCCCAUUCCUUCCUGCUGAAAUUAAUGUAGCUGAGCUAUUUCAGAGGCUGGUGGCAGCGGGAAUUGUUCCACAGGCCACAAAAUCUGAUGCAGAUAGUAAAAAGGAGGAAGAAGCAAAGUCUAUAAAGACCGUUGACUUUGGGCAGCCUGAAACAUUGAAAUUACGUCAGCCUGGUGCAGUGGCUAUCCUGUUCUCUGGUAUUCAGUGUAGUUCCUGCGGGAUAUGUUUCCCUCCGGAACAGACUAUGAAGUACCGCCAACAUUUAGAUUGGCAUUUCCGGCAAAACAGGCGUGACAAGGACAAUACUCGCAAAGCUCAGAGUAGAGAGUGGUAUUAUGCUGCCUCAGAUUGGAUCCAGUUUGAAGAAACUGAAGACUUUGAGGAAGGAGCAAAAAGCUGGUUUGAAACCCAGCAGGCUGUGGAAGCUGAAGAAAAAGAGAUACAAAAAGUUCCCAGUGUUUGCGCUGGAGAAAAUCCUGAGGACGCAUUUUGUGCUUUAUGCCAUGAUAAAUCUGAACAGUUUUAUAACGACGAAAGAGAAGAGUGGCACUUACAUUCAGCAUUGAUGGUAGACGGAAAAACAUAUCACCCUCUUUGCUAUGAUGAUUACAAUGUUAGCAUAUUCAUUAAUAACAUUACACUUACUUUAAAGACUUUAUUCUAUUGCCUUUAAAUGCACAUAUAAAUG